AUUGCAGCAUUGCCCCACUUAUUAGGAGAAAAAAAAACUGCAAAACAUUAUCCAGGUGUUCAAUUCCGGACAUUUGUGGCCGUAAGUUUAUAAAAUUAAUAUGUUUCUGCAUUGCUGACAAUAAACUGUGCCAGUUAUGUAUGUGUUGCAGGUCAAACUUGAGUUCAGGUUAAUUUUGAUUUAACCUAGGUUGACUCUCAUGUCCUUUGUUUCCUAGCCCUAAUUCAUAUAUGUCUAAAGUAGCUUUAUUUACCAACUUUCUCCCUUUUAGUCCUUAUCUAUUGGCAUAUACCAUAUUCAUGCUAUCUGUUUAUUUAUGGCUUGGUGAUUAUGUUAAACGUGCAACAAAAUUUACUCAGUAAACAGUCUCUCCACUACCCACCUAGAUUAGCUCUAGCUAUUUUGCGGGCUAUUGUUAGUUAGUGUUGGAUACUUUGCAUAAUCUCUCAAUAAACUUUUGAACUUUGAACUUUGAAUUGCGGGUUCAGUAAAAUCACGGCAAAUGGAUGAAGGAAUUCCAGGAGAAAUCGAUUUUGGUUCCGGUUUGCACUGGCUCGAGUUAUCCUGACGCGACUGUAUCCUGAAAAAAUGAAAAGCAUUUGCUUUAUAAGGAAUGACUAGGAUUUACAAUUUCAUGAAAUCAUUUUUUUUUUUUUCACAGAAUGAUUCAGAUGUGAAUGCAGAAAACGAGAUACAUACAACAACAGCGCCCCGUCUCAUUUCAACGGGGGCAACAAUUGAUGAUGUUCAAUCAUUGGUGUUGGCAGCGGAAGGAAUUGUUGUCUGUCGUUUUAAAAAAAUCAAUAUUUUGAGUGCAGUUGUCACCUUACUUGCUAGUUAUUGUGUCUUCAAUGCCGACUAUCCUAAAGAUCAUGGUGGUCAUAGCAAGAAUGGGUAUUUAUUUCUUGAGUACAUUUUGUUG